UGUGCAUAUAUUUGUGGGCAAAAUGCGCAAAAUGUGAGUAGAAAAUGUUUUUAAAAGUCUAAAUAUCGGCGGCACAGCGCGCUCGCGGCGCGCCCGCAGCUCCAACUUCCCCCCCGUUCUCAUCAAACUCACACUUUUCCGCUGCUCUUAAUUCCAUAUUUUCAAUUCCUGAUCAUUACUUUCGUCUUUUCCUACUUGUAUCUAUCCAUCCAUUCCUCCCUCCUUCCCCGGGCCCCCUCCCUCUCUCUCUCUCUCUCUCUCUCUCUCUCUCCCUCUCUCUCUCCUUUGCUGAAUCUUAUUGAUCCAGAAGGCGGCUAAUUAGCCCUUCCCUUCGUGCCUGUGUAAUGAAGCACAUGCGCACUGAAUUAAUCACAGCCAUUUUUUGCAGGAAACUAAUUAGCAGGAAUAAAGAUCCAAAGAGUUUUUUCUUUUCAAUCAUCAGAUCUCACUUUCACCUCUUCCUCGCUCCCUCUAACACAAGACUCACCGCCUGCUUUGCAUCCAAAUUAUUUUUAUAUCGCCUUUAACAACUAAUACUUCGGGGUUUUUUCCUCUUUUUUGUAACACUCCGCAACAACAAUGAUCUUUCUUUUGCCACCCUAAGCGCAAACUGACCAAAAGGGGGACUUGCCUUGAUGGGAUCUUUAGCUAAAUCGUCUCAAUACUGGAUUAAAAAGCGAGGAUCACAAAGCGGCAGCGAGAAAUUGCCUGGAUGCGAUGAACGCCUCAUGUAGGCAUCAGCAUGGACAGCUGUGAGUCUCCCGUAGUUUCUGGGACAGACGAUGGGCUCAGCUCCUCCCAGCAGCAGCAGCCGCCACAGCCCUGGAAAGAUCACUCUAGCUCACAGGCCCCGUGCACCAACCAGGCACCUUCCCUGGACCCCCUGUCUCUUUUGGUUCCCUACUCCACUCAACCCCCAAACUCCAGUGCACUUCAGGAGGGGGUGAGAGAUCUACAGCCUCAGCAGCAGCAGCAACCAAAACAGCCAUCAUCCCAGGCCCAUCGUGAUAGCGGUGCCACAGGCCAGCUGAAUCCCAGAAGAGAGGGCAUUGAGGAAGAGGAGCCAGAAGGAGUGAGCUGUGGAGAAGAGGAAGACUUGGAGGACUUGGAUGACAUGGAGAUUGAUAGUUGUUUUCCAAGUCUUCAACCCUUUCCUGGGGUGUCAAUGGCUCCAGGGGGAGGAGGCAUACCUACACUUCUGCGACAUCAGCCCACACAGCAGCAGGGUGUACCUGAGAGUGGAAGUGAAGAAGGGGAAGAGGAAGAAGAAGAGGAGAGCAGUGAUGUGGAGAACCUGGCUGGAGAGAUAGUCUACCAGCCAGAUGGCUCAGCCUACAUAGUAGAGAGCCUCAGUCAGUUGAUCCAAAGUGGUGGAGCUAUGGUCCCUGGCCUGCUUCCGACAAACUCUCUCACCAGUGGAGGUAAAAUGGGUGAAGCUGCUGGAAAUUCAUCCUCGGUCUACCCUCAGAUCAUUAAUACGUUUCACAUAGCCUCAUCCUUCGGGAAGUGGUUUGGAAAUUCAGACCAAGGUUUCCCCAAUACCUCAACAAUGGCAGGCUUCAGCCCUGUCCUGCACAGUUUCCGUGUCUUUGAUGUGCGGCAUAAAAGCAACAAGGAUUACCUGAACAGCGAUGGGUCUGCCAAGAAGUCCUGUGUAUCCAAAGAUGUUCCUAACAAUGUGGAUUUCUCCAAAUUUGAUGGGUUGGCCCUCUAUGGUAAGGGUAAGCCUAUUCUCAUGUGUUUUCUCUGCAAGCUAUCCUUUGGGUACGCUCGUUCCUUUGCCACUCAUGCUGUCCAUGAUCACCGAAUGACACUCUGUGAGGAUGAACGGCGGCUGCUGGGGGACAAGCAUGCAUCUGCCAUUAUCCAGGGCAUUGGAAAGGACAAAGAACCCCUUAUUAGCUUUUUGGAACCAAAUAACAAAAGCACCCCCCUGCCACCUAAUUUGCUUCCAAUUAACUCUGGCCAGAGCUUCUAUGGCACUUUUAGUGGUGUUCAUUUGGAGCCUGGAAGCAGCUCUGGGGGCAGUGACACCCUCAUGAACAAAGACUCUGACUCUGGGCUCCAGCAACAGCAGAAACAGCAAUCUCCACUAAGUUCAGUACUCUCUCUUGGUGGGUUGCUCAUUCCCAAAGCACCCACUCUUACCUCAUCCUCAGGCUCUGCCAAAGACUCCAAUACCUUGCUCAAGCAGGGUGGGAGAACAGAGGAGCCUGCUGGGAAAGAGUUGGUUUGCAAGGGAGUGGAUGGGGUCAUUGAGGGACAUGAAAGCAAGGCACACCUGUUGAGCCAGAUGGCUGGCUCGGAGGAAGAAGAGGAACUGUUUUUAGGAGAGGAUGAAGAUGAGGUGGAGGCAGAAAGCACUGCAGUGGCCACCUGUAGUGGUAAUGGCAGCAGUGGUGGUAGUGAAGCAGGGGAACCAGCUGUCUCAAACCAAAGCAUUUCCAAAUCUCCUUUAUUAAUGCCUAGUAGCGCUCUCCAGCCUUCUGCCUGCACAUCUGCAGUUAGUCCCACAGUCAACAGCAAAGACCCUGCUUCCACUGUCUCUUCAGUAAAGGAAGAGGGUUUAGCUGCAGAUGGUGGGGGGAGUAAAUCAGAGCUCCCACUGAGCUUUAACUGCCAGGGACACAGUUUUCCCAUGGCAAUGGCGGCAGCUGCCAUCAGAAGGAGUGAAGAUGAGACUGCUGGCACUUCCUCUUCACCUCUGUCCUCCAAUGCUGCUGCUGAUGAAAGUGCCAAUCGAGAUAGUGCCACAGCUCCAGAACCAAAUGAUUGCCCGGCAGAAGGAGAGGAGGAAAAUGGAGCCUUUCUGCACCAUCACCACAUGCACCACCAUCAUCAUCACCUCCACCCUUCAUCUCACAGCCACUCGCACACUCUUCCCGGUGGGUCUUGUGACGUAACAGGAAUGCUUGAGUGUUCACAGAACCACGGGAAUGGAGGCAACGGUGGAAGUGGGGUAGAAUGCCCCAAAUGUGACACUGUCCUGGGAUCUUCACGCUCCCUGGGUGGUCAUAUGACUAUGAUGCAUUCUCGGAACUCAUGCAAGACACUCAAGUGUCCCAAGUGCAACUGGCAUUAUAAAUACCAGCAGACCUUGGAGGCUCAUAUGAAAGAGAAGCACCCAGACUCUGGAGGCUCCUGUGUGUACUGCAGCAGUGGUCAAAGCCACCCGCGUCUGGCUCGCGGAGAAAGCUAUACCUGUGGAUACAAGCCCUUCCGUUGUGAGGUGUGUAACUACUCAACGACCACAAAGGGCAACCUAAGCAUCCACAUGCAGUCAGACAAGCACCUGAACAACAUGCAGACACUGCAAAAUGGAGGCUCUAUAGGCUCUGGACAGGAACAGGUGUUUGGACACAGCCCAGGAGGAGUGGUGGCUGUCCCAUCAGUAACCCAGGCCAGUAGCCAUCACCCUUCUCAUCACCAUCCUACGCAGUCAUCCACCCACAUGACUGGUCCAUGUGGAGCACCUUCACCAACCAAGCCCAAGAGCAAACCUACUUGGCGGUGUGAGGUGUGCGACUACGAGACCAAUGUGGCACGGAACCUGCGUAUCCACAUGACAAGUGAAAAGCACAUGCACAACAUGAUGCUCCUCCAGCAGAAUGUCACCCAGAUGCAGCACAGCCGGCUGGGACUUGGAGCAAUGCCCUCACCCUCGGAGGCUGAGCUCUACCAGUACUAUCUGACCCAGAAUAUGAGCCUUCCACCAGGUCUCAAGAUAGACCCUUCGGGAGCUGAGGCCCAGUUCCUAAUGGGGAGCUUUCACUUGGAUCCUAACAUGGCUGCUCUUGCCCCUGCACUAGUAGGUGGUGAGAUCCCCAUGGAUGUGCGGCUGGGUAGCGGGCAGUUGGUGUCUGAAGAACUGAUGACCCUGGGAGAAAGCCUGUCUCAGACCAGUGAUCCCUCCCUGAAGUUGUUCCAGUGCGCUGUGUGCAACCGUUUCACCACUGACAACCUGGACGUGCUUGGCAUGCAUAUGGGAGCCGAACGCAGCCUACCAGAGGAGGAGUGGCGUGCAGUGGUGGGUGACUCUCACCAGUGCAAGCUGUGCCAUUACACCACUCAGCUCAAGGCCAACUUCCAGCUGCACUGCAAGACGGACAAGCAUGUACAAAAGUACCAGCUCGUGGCCCACAUUAAAGAGGGCGGCAAAGGCAAUGAAUGGCGCCUGAAAUGCGUGGCCAUUGGAAACCCAGUGCAUCUCAAAUGCAACGCCUGUGACUACUACACCAACAGCCUGGAAAAGCUGAGGAUGCAUACUGUCAAUUCCCGCCAUGAGGCCAGCCUGAAGCUCUACAAGCACCUGCAGCAGCACGAAAACGCAGUGGAGGGUGAUGCCUGCUACUACCAUUGUGUGCUGUGUAACUACUCGACCAAGGCCAAGCUCAACCUGAUCCAGCAUGUGCGUUCCAUGAAGCACCAGCGCAGCGAGAGCCUACGGAAGCUUCAGCGUUUGCAAAAGGGCCUGCCAGAGGAAGAUGAGGACCUCAGCUCCAUCUUCACCAUUCGCAAAUGCCCCUCAUCAGAUACAGGAGCGCUAAGUGAGGAUGUGGAGGCUGCUAGUGAGACCACCACAGACCAGGAGGACCAAACCAAAGAAAGAGAAAGUGGGGGGGAGAAGGAGCUCACCAAAGGGACAGCAGUGCCCAGCCACGUGGAGAGGACCCAGUCCGACUCCCCAAACCCCUCCAAAAGGCCGUCCUCACGCUCGGAGACGUCAGAGAGCCCGCUUUGCACAAAGCGUCCCAGGACGACUGAAAAGAACUCUGCGGAGCAGAUGUACCAGUGCCCCUACUGCAAAUUCACCAACACAGAUCUGAAUCGUCUCAGAAUGCACGUGAUGACGCAGCACUCUGUCCAGCCGAUGUUGCGCUGCCCGUUGUGCCAGGACAUGCUCAACAACAAGAUCCACCUGCAGUUCCACCUCACGCACCUCCACAGCGUGGCGCCUGACUGUGUCGAUAAGCUUAUCGCCACAGUGACAACGACAGAGGUCCUGCCAGCAAGCAUGUUCAUACCUGUACCCGGUCCAGACAGAGAGUCCCACAGCAUCCCUCAUGCCAAAACUAACUCUGAGGAGACAAAGAAGCAACCUGAUGUAUCAGAUGCUGAUUCAGAGAAGGGGAGUUCACAACCUACUGAAAUGGCUGAGGUUCGAAAGACACCUUUGGAAGAUCAGCACUCAGAGCGAGAUGAUGCCACAGGAUUCCUAUGCUGGAAGAAAGGCUGUAACCAAGUCUUCAAAACAUCCAACUCCCUCCAGAUGCACUUCAAUGAAGUCCACAACAAAAGGCCCCAGCUGCCUGUUUCUGAUCGCCAUGUCUACAAAUACCGCUGUAACCAGUGCAGCCUGGCCUUCAAGACUGUGGAGAAGCUGCAGCUCCACUCGCAAUACCACGUCAUCAGGGCUGCAACCAUGUGCUGCCUCUGUCAGCGAAGCUUCAGAACACUACAAGCCCUGAAAAAACAUUUGGAAACCAGCCACCUGGAGCUCAGUGAAACUGAUAUCCAGCAGCUCUACGGGGGUUUAUUAAUGAAUGGUGACAUUAUGAUCAUGGGUGACCCAUCUCUUGGAGAGGAGCAUGGAAGUCUUGGAGAAGAUGACAAAGAGGGAGAAGAAAGUGACCCAGAGGAAAAGCAAAGUCCAACAGGCAGUGACUCUGGCUCACUGCAGGAAGAUUCUGGAUCUGAACCCAAGCGUGCUUUGCCCUUCAGAAAGGGGCCCAAUUUUACUAUGGAGAAGUUUUUGGAUCCAUCUCGUCCUUUCAAGUGCACUGUAUGUAAAGAGUCUUUUACACAGAAGAACAUUCUUCUGGUUCACUAUAACUCUGUUUCCCACCUACACAAGGUAAAGAGGGCUCUUCAGGAGUCCACCACUGGCCAACCAGAGCCUACCAGCAGCCCCGACAACAAGCCAUUUAAAUGCAGCACUUGUAAUGUGGCGUACAGUCAGAGCUCGACUUUGGAGAUACACAUGCGCUCUGUUUUACACCAGACUAAAGCCAGGGCUGCCAAACUUGAAGCAGCAGGAGGGAUCACUAGCUCUGGAAAUUCUACUGGUAUAAGUGGAGGAUCCAGCAUCAGCACAUCAACAUCUAGUCCAACCCCAGCAAGCAACUCAACAACUAAUUCUAGCAAUCACAGUUCUUCUGCGGCUCAGACAACUCAGACUAUUCUUGGAGGCAACCACAUAAGUCAGUCUCAUGGUAUUGAAAGCCUGGGCAAUUCUUCAGUGAGCUGUCGUUCAUCUCCAUCUGAAAACCAUGAGAUAAAAAAGACAAAAUUUACAGAUUCACUCUCUACUCGAGGACAGCAACAACUGCAACAACAGCAGCAAUUGGCACAGGCACAAGCCCAAGCUCAAGCCCAGCUACAACAAGAGCUUCAGCAGCAGGCUGCACUUUUACAGUCACAACUGUUCAACCCAGCACUUCUUCAGCACUUCCCCAUGACAACUGAUGCACUUCUCCCUCUGCAGCAGCAGCAGUUACUUUUUCCUUUCUACAUACCUGGAGCAGAAUUUCAGCUGAAUCCAGAAAUCAGCAUCAGUAAUUCAUCACUUAGUCUGGCAGGAUCGUCCACAUCUUCACUGCUGGAAGACCUAAAGAACUCAGCCCAGCAGGCUCAACAAACCUGCCUGCAGCAACAACUGAUGCAUCACCACCUUCAACAACAGCAACAGCAGCAACAGCAACAACAGCAACAACAACAGCAGCAACAACAGUCUCAUUCACAGACCCAAGGGCAGAUGGCAUUGCUUCAACAGAGUGCUUUUCUCCUUCAGCAAGCUGAGAAAAAGCCAAAGCCUCCUUCUUCUCACAAUGAGAAAGACAAAGAAAUGCAAAGAGAGAAUGACACCCCUGAAAAGAACGAGGAACUUAAUAAAGAGUCUACAGACAGUAAGGUAAAAGAAAAGAAGGACAUUCAACAUAUUUCUAUUCAUAUAAAUCAUGAUACUGGCUUGCCUCCACCUAGGAUUGCUUCAGAUGCUCGUGGAAAUGCAACUAAAGCCUUGCUGGAAAAUUUUGGGUUUGAGUUAGUCAUUCAGUACAAUGAAAACAAACAGAAAGCUCAGAAGAAGAUAGUUGGACCUACAGGUUCAAGUGGUCCAAGAGUAGUUGAUCCCAUUGAGGGAUUGGAGAAGCUAGAAUGUGAAGUUUGCGGAAAGCUGUUUUCAAACAUACUUAUCCUUAAAAGUCACCAGGAGCACAUCCACCAGGCCUUCUUUCCAUUUCAAUCCCUUGAGAGAUUUGCAAAGGAAUACAGAGAACAUUAUGAUAAAUUGUACCCACUGAGACCCCCAACACCAGAGGCUGCCCCUGCUCCUCCCCCACCUCCUCCACCACCUCCACCGCCUCCACCUCCUCCACCACAAAGAACACCCACCCCAAACAUCCCCGUAUCUGCUGCCUCACUCACACCUCCAACUGUUCCUCCACCACAGCCACCAGUUCCAAUGGCACAAAUUCCUAUGCCAAUGGACCUGCCCCUCUUCUCACCGCUCAUGAUGCAGCCGAUGUCUCUUCAAUCUUUGCCCACUCAGCUGCCUCCCCAGUUACCAUCUGUUGAGCCAAGCCUAGCCUCAGACCUGGCGCAGCUCUAUCAACAACAGCUGACACCAGCCAUGCUACAGCAGCAGCAGAACAAGAGACCACGGACACGCAUCACAGAUGACCAGCUUAGGGUCCUUCGACAGUACUUUGAUAUCAACAAUUCACCAAAUGAGGAGCAGAUUAAAGAGAUGGCAGACAAGUCAGGGCUCCCUCAGAAAGUUAUAAAACACUGGUUCAGAAACACCUUAUUCAAAGAGCGACAGCGCAACAAAGACUCCCCUUAUAAUUUCAACAAUCCACCAACCACAACUUUAGAAGACACCAAAAUUGACUCAAAACCUCCCUCCCCUGAGCCCCAAAAACAUGAGUUAUAUGGAAGCAAGAGAUCAUCCAGAACUAGGUUUACUGACUACCAGUUAAGAGUUCUUCAGGACUUCUUUGAUGCCAAUGCUUAUCCAAAAGAUGAUGAAUUUGAACAACUUUCCAACCUUCUGAGCCUCCCCACUCGUGUUAUUGUUGUGUGGUUCCAGAAUGCUCGCCAGAAAGCAAGGAAGAAUUAUGAAAACCAGGGUGAUGGGGCAAAGGAUGGUGAAAGACGAGAGUUGUCAAAUGACCGAUAUAUCCGCACUUCAAAUCUGAACUAUCAGUGCAAGAAAUGCAAUCUGGUUUUCCAGCGUAUAUUUGAUUUAAUUAAACAUCAAAAGAAGCUGUGUUACAAAGAUGAAGAUGAGGAUGGACAAUAUGACAGCCAAAAUGAGGACUCAAUGGAUCCUUCCAAUGAAUGUUACACUCCCUCUGGGUCUUCCUGUCACACCCCUAUGCCCUCCUCAUCAAGCCUCUGUCCACUCCCACCUUCUGCUUCAGCAUUCUCACAACUCCCAUCAACUGAGAGAGAGGAAGCAUCACCAGCAAGCACCUCAAACCUUUAUGAAGAAAAGCCCAAGCAGUUACCAGAAAUGUCUGCUGAUCCCAGAGAAAACCAAACUAACAUCAAACAAGAAGUUGUGCUUCAACCCCAGUCUGAACCACAACACCAUCGACCUCAGAGAGAAGAGAAAAUUCCAACAACUUCGAAACCCGUCAAACAUUCAUCUCCAUCUUUCUCACAGCAACAACAACACUGUGGUCCCUCAGCCUCUCAAACAAGCCAGGCAUCCUCUCAGAGUUCUCACAUGAGCCUCAGUGCCCACUUGAGCGCUGCCUCACAACAACUGGCUCAACAGAUGAUACCAUACCAGUGUGAGCAGUGUAAGAUUGGCUUCCCCUCCUUUGAGCAUUGGCAGGAACACCAGCAAUUACACUUCCUCUCUGUGCAAAACCAAUUCAUACACCCUCAAUUCCUUGAUCGUCCAAUUGACAUGCCUUUCAUGCUUUUCGAUCCUAGUAAUCCGUUGUUGGCAAGCCAAUUGCUCGCCGGGGCAAUUCCACAGAUUCCAAGUAGCUCUGCCACCUCUCCAUCCACCCCCACCUCCACCAUGAACUCCUUAAAGAGGAAGUUAGAGGAGAAAGCUGGUACUAGCCCAGGAGAGAAUGACAGCACAAACAGUGGAGAGGAGCCACAGAGAGACAAAAGGCUCAGAACCACCAUCACACCUGAACAAUUAGAGAUCCUAUAUCAGAAGUACUUACUAGAUUCUAAUCCUACACGUAAAAUGCUCGAUCACAUUGCUCAUGAGGUGGGGCUCAAAAAGAGAGUAGUGCAAGUGUGGUUCCAGAACACAAGAGCCAGAGAGAGAAAAGGCCAGUUUAGGGCAGUGGGGCCUGCUCAAGCUCACCGAAGGUGCCCCUUUUGUCGAGCUCUUUUUAAAGCCAAAACUGCCCUUGAAGCACAUAUUCGCUCUCGUCACUGGCAUGAAGCCAAACGUGCUGGCUACAAUCUUACUCUUGCUGGGAUGUUACCUGAACAGGAGGUGAUGCAAAUAAAAAUGGAUGGUCUUGAAACAUCGAGCUAUUCCCAGUUAGCUCCUACGAACAGUGAUGGACAAAACGCCUCACUAUCACCAGUGAACAAAAGCCUGGAUAUGUCUCCCAGGGCUCUUUUGAGCCCUUCAUCCAUCAAAGUUGAGGGAAUGGAAGAUUUUGAGAGCCCAACAAUGUCAUCUGUAAACCUCAGUUUUGAUCAGAGCAAACUUGAUAAUGAUGAUUGCUCUUCUGUUAAUACAGCCAUCACAGACACAACCACGGGUGAUGAGGCUAAUGCUGAUAAUGAUAGUGCUGAUGCAAAGCACAGCCACAAUAGUGGUGAUUACUUGACUAAGCCUGGGGGCACGGCGUCCAUCCUCGAAAAUGAUGACCAGAUGUCCUCAGGGCUCGUGAGCCCUGCAACAAGCUAUUAUGCUAAGGACUAUGAAAAUGAAAAUAUGAUUGAUCACAGUGAGACAUCCAGCCUAGCUGAUCCUUGCUCACCAAGUCCUGGGGCUUCAGGUAGCAGGAGCAUUGACAGCGGAGAUCGCCCUGGCCAAAAGCGCUUCCGAACACAGAUGACUAACCUCCAGCUAAAAGUGUUAAAAUCCUGCUUUAAUGACUAUAGGACUCCUACUAUGCUCGAAUGUGAGGUACUUGGUAAUGAAAUUGGACUUCCAAAGAGAGUGGUUCAGGUGUGGUUUCAAAAUGCCCGUGCCAAGGAGAAAAAGGCUAAGCUCAACAUGGCCAAGCACUUUGGAAUAAAUCAGACGUCUUAUGAGGGACCCAAGACUGAAUGCACUUUGUGUGGUGUCAAGUAUAGUGCUCGCCUUUCUGUUCGUGAUCACAUUUUCUCCCAGCAACACAUCUCUAAGGUAAAGGAUACAAUUGGCAGCCAGAUAGAUAAAGAAAAAGAGUACUUUGAUCCAGCUACUGUUCGCCAACUUAUGGCCCAGCAAGAGAUGGACCGUAUUAAAAAGGCCAAUGAGGUAUUAGGACUGGCACAGCAGCAAGCCAUGCAGCAACAGGGAAUGUUUGAUAACCCUGCAAUGCAGGCUCUGAAUCUCCAGUCAGCAUAUCCAAGUCUGCAAGGCAUUCCACCUGUCCUUUUGCCAGGGGUCGGCAGCCCCUCCCUUUCCAGCUUUAACUCAUCUAAUUCAGCUUUAACUCCUCCGAAACCUUCAAACCUUCUGAACAUGCCUGGUGCCAGUGUUCCCUCACCCAGUCUCCCUACAUCUGGAUUACCAAACAAGCCUCCCUCUUCAUCCUCCCUGGCAGCAUCCAGCCCAGCACAGAGCAACACAUCUGUAUCCCAUUCGAGCCCCACCUGCACCUCCAACUCAACUUCUGCAACUGCCCAGUCGGGAUCUCGUCCUGAGCCACCCAAAGAACGUGAUACUGAGAGGUUAAGAGAAAAAGAGAAGCCCAAGGAAAAAUCUGAAAAGUCCCCAACACCAUCUUCAACUGGAAGCACCCCUGCCCCUUCCACGUCUGCUGCUAGUGCCAAGAAGGAGAAACCGGACACAGCUGUACCUGCCACUUCUAUGCCCACACCUGGCAUGGAGUAUGUGGUAGACCCUGCCCAGCUUCAGGCCCUGCAGGCUGCUUUGGCAUCAGAUCCCACAGCCCUCCUAACAAAUCAGUUUCUGCCCUACUUCAUGCCUGGAUUUUCUCCAUAUUACACCCCACAGAUACCUGGAGCUCUCCAAGGAGGCUACCUGCAGCCAAUGUAUGGUAUGGAAAGUCUUUUCCCCUACAACCCAGCGUUAUCACAAGCAUUGAUGGGGCUUUCUCCAGGGUCCCUGCUGCAGCAUUACCAGCAAUAUCAGCAGAGUUUGCAGGAGGCACUACAACAGCAGCAGCGGCAGCUUCAGCAGAUCCAGCAACCCAAGGCGAGCCAAACCGUUCCCCCACAAUCUUUGGGGAAUUGCAAAGAAUCCACCAAAGAUCCAGUAAAAAAAGAGGAGCAAAAGGGCAACACUCAUAAUGAACCCACCUCUUCUUCCUUCUCAUCCCAUAAUAAACUACCCUCGAAGCAGAACGAGAAGGAUGGCAAAGCUGUAGAUCCCCAUCUAGAUCAGUACAUCAUCCCCAAGACACAGUAUAAACUGGCAUGCCGCAAGUGUCAAGCAGUUUUCACCAAGGAAGAAGCGGCUGUUACCCAUCUUAAAUCGAACUGUUUUUUUGGUCAGUCUGUGGCAAACCUGCAAGAGAUGUUGCUGCGUGUCCCCGGUGGCGUAGGUGCAGGGACUGGAAGUCUGUACGAUUGCCUGGCUUGUAACACCACGUUGGAUGGGGAGAAAGCACUCAGUCAACACCUGGAAUCGGCAUUGCACAAACACAGAACAAUCAAACGAUCAGCCAGAAAUGCCAAAGAGCACGCUACAGGUUUAUUACCUCACACUUCAGCCUGCUUCCCCAAUCCUAACACCACAUCUACCUCGCAGUCUGCCACUCAUCCCAUCAGCAGCCCCACUCCCCCGCCAACAUCAGCCACCAUUCCAUCCUCUGCUGUGUCUUCUUCCCUGUGCUCCUCCUCUACUACACCACUUAACACCACAGCUGCCGGCAAACCCUGGCCCCAGGCCCCUUUCUCCAGAGCUUUAGCUGGGAAGUCCAAUGCCAGUCCCUCCUCCUCUUCCUCCUCUUUUCCUCCAGUUUCCUCACCUUCAACGGUUACCUCAAGUUCAUUGAGCACCUCAGGAGUACAGACCUCGAUACCAACAGACGUCUUUACUGACGAGUCUGAUUCUGACAGCAGUCAGAAGUCAGCCGAUAGGCUGGACAGGACGGCGGAGGAGCUGCAGCAGCCUGGCUUUGUCAAAGACAGUAGUAGUUGUAGUAGUAAUCUUGCUAGAGUAGGAACAGACUCCAUCAGAUUGUAAAACAGCUUUCAGUGAUGGACAAUAUGUAAAAAUCACAAAAAGAACAAAAAAAAAUCACAAAUGGAAAAAAAAAAUUAAAUAAAAAGCAGCAAUGUUAAAAAUACAUUAAAAGUAUACAAACCAUUUUCAGAAAAGACGUGUAAAGACUAACUGCAAUUCCAAAGCUUGUAACCAAAAAUUUAAAUGUUAGUGGAUUGUUUUCCCAUAUCAACAUGCUGGUUUUCGUUUUGUUUUCGUUUGGUUUUAUUCAAUUGAAAUACAUCCAUACUAAUAUAUCAGACAAGAUUGCUGCAGUUAUGUUGUGAGUAAUGGUGGAGUCAUGCUGUACUGUAUGGCAAUGGACUGGCUCAAAGUUGACAAAUGGCCCAAUAACCCCUUUGAAGAAAUACGAGUCAACAAGCUGUCCUUUGUUUUGUAAUCAUUUGUACUUAAUAGCACAGUCCCAAAAAGCCAGUAUGUACUGUAUGGGAGAAUAGUCUAUCGGUUUUCUUGCUAUUUAAGCAUUCAGAUACCAAUGGCUUACAAAAGUAAAAGAAUAAUGUAAUGUCUAUUUUAUUCUCAGGUCAACAGCUCACAUUAUGUUUUUCUGUUACAGAAAUUCAUGUCUCAAACCAUUUCUUCAAAUGAGCAUUUCUUUUCUUUGAGAAAUUUUGUUAAGUUGAAUGAAAUUCUGAUAAGGCAUUUUUUAACUGGGCAUUCAAAAAGGGUUGGUGAAUUGCAAUUUUAACAUUAAGAAUUUUUUUUUUGGGGGGGGGGGGUUGCAAUUCCAGUAUACUGAAAAGAAGAGAGCAUUGCAGACAUAACAGGCGAUAACUGAAUUAUUUGAAAAAACAACCUUCUGUAUUUACGAUAGAUAUGAGCAUUUUGGUGUUAAGUAGAUUGUUGCAUUGGAAAUGAAUUUAAACAGUAUGGUAGGUUGAAAAAGUUUUUUUUUUGUGUACAUUUAGUUUUUGUAUUGUCCAACUUUAAGACGCUUCAUUUGAUGUUGUCUUGGUCAUUCCGAUAGACUAGAUUUUGGACAGGUAAUUUAUCAAAACUUUAUUUCUGUCUCAUUCUCACCCAAAUGCCCCUCCUGACAAGGCAGGAUCCUCUUUUAGAAUUAUUUAAAUUUUACACUUUGGUUGGUAUGGUACUAACCAAAUUGAAACAUUGGUGAAAUAUUGAAAAAUCUUUAUUUAAUUUUUUGUGUUACAUGUGUGCACUUAUCACUGUCUGACUCCUAUUUCUUACUCUUAAUGUCCCGCUCUUGGCACUUAUUUUUCUCUGCACGCCUGUAUUUGUACAUCAGUACACUACAAAGCAGGUCUUUUGUUCUUCAUGUUGUGUGGCUACAGUCUUUAUUUUCAUUUUGACAUUUUUGUUGUCAUAAAUGAAAAUGAAAAAGAGUACUAAUAAUUCUCACGCUUUAAGACAAAAAGAGAAUCCAAAGAUGAAACAUUUUCACCAUUGGUGCAUAAAGAUGAGAAAAGAGGCUUCUUUAUACUUGAGAAUUUGUGGCUGUUUUUAGAGGAAAGAAAACAAAGUUUUAAAAGAUAAAGGAGUACGCAUCAGAGUUGCCGUUUUUGCUUCUUUGCAAGCAAACAGGUGGCUUUUUUACGUAAAUACCAAAAACCAAAAAGGGCCCUUGUCCUUGCAUUGUGGAGUAGCACCGUUACAGAGCCAUUGCAGUUUGUAAGAUAGAGGUUAUUAAUAUCUGUUUGACUAUGUCACAUUCAAAUGUCCGUUUGUUUUCUUUCUUUCUUUUUUUAAUGUAUAAGGUCUGGUCUUCAAGGACAUACGUUUUGCUGCUAAUAUAGAAUUUUGAAAGAAAAAAGAGUACCUAGAUGCAUGCUCAUUUUGCUUUUUGGCUCAGCUUUAACUAAAACAUACAAUAAACCAAUUUCUUGCCUCUGCAACACCUUUUUUCUUGUUGCAAAAACGGAACUUUGAAGACUGUGAAUAUGUGUUCCAAAGGACAUUUUGUCAGUUUUUUUUUUUUUUUUUUGAACAGACCAAUGUUUAAAGCCAAUGAUCUAUGACGUUUGUAAAGAACAGUGCAUUCCAAAUAUCACAAUGGAUUUUUCUUAAGCAAGGACUGAUCCUAUUUCAUUUGUUUUAUGUCACAAUCUAUUUUUUCCUUAAUUUUAAAAGUGACUGUAAACUGUUGUGUAAAUUUAGCAUCAUUGGUUGCGAAUCAAAGUGACCUCCCUAUGUCAUUUUGUGCUGGCAUGGAAGAUGGGAAAAGACUUCCAUCCAGUCAAGGUUGUUACUCACUUGUUAAGCAAGUAAUAGUGGUUACCAAAAAUGUAUAUAAUACAUCUGGUACUGAUGCGUCUCAUAGGUUUAGUAAUGUUUAUGCCAGUCAACAUACAACUAGUCUCAGAAGGUAUUGUAGGCUGUUUUGCUAUGGUGUGUUUGCUCCCUUCCUGGGAAUUCCACCAGUUAUUUGUCCCAAAUAUCUGCAGGGUGCCAAUUCACUCAGGCAGAUUACAGGUUUGUAGGGACCUCAUUCCAAAGCAUUAUUUCUGGAAAAGUUGGAUUUGUUUUUUUUGUUGUUGUUUGGUUUUUUGAAGAUGUCCCUAAUUUCAAUUUCAAAUAAAUAUGAUGCCUUCAUGUCCAAAGAAGUCACCCACCCCAUGUCAUUGCAGUGGAAAUGUUCGUGAGCAGACAUCCUGCCCUCUCAACACUAAAUGAAAAUUAUGUGUAAAAUCAAACUCAAGACAUUUAAAUUUGAGGAAAACAACUUUUCGGCCACUAUUGUACAGCUGCUAUGUUCAUGCUGAUGAAUACAAGGCACAAUCUCAAUGUGAUUUGGUGUUAAUAAUACAGAAUGCUGUUGAAAGUAACAGAUUUAAUCUGCAAAACUGCUAUUUCUCUAAAGUCUGAAGUGUUCCUGUGUAAAUUAUUUUGAAAAAUUCUUAUGUUGUACAGUUUCCCCCCCUCAAAUAUAUUUGUUUUGAUUUUCAGAUGUCAGGCAUGUAUUGUUGUUGUUUUUUUUGUGUUUUUUUAGUUAAUAUAAAUGGCUUUUUAAUCAUAAAUUAACACUAGCUUUAAUUUCAUUUGCAGAAAUUUAGAAAAAACAAACUUCUAUGAACUGGCCACUUUAUUAUUUGUCUAAGUGACAUUGUUUGCUCUUAUUUUCUGUCAUCUUUUGGGUUCUUUUGUUGGAAACAAAGUGAACAUCUCUACAUCCCAUUCAGCCAGCAUGGACUGUGUGACAGUUUGUAUGUUAGUGUGUAUGAUUGUGUGUUUCAUAAGAGCCAGCAUCAAUUCCUUUUUCAUUUGCCUUUUUUAUGUUAAACACCGAAAUGAAUUGAACCACAAUGAAUAACUUAGAAAAUCAGCGUAAUGAUUUAGAAAAUUAAAUUUUAAUGGUAAUAAUCAGAAAUGAAAGAGAUGAUACUGAAGCACUGAGCAGUUUUUAUUUUGAUUGAAUAUAUGUGGCCAAAGCUUUAUGCAUUGAAACAAAACAACAAAAAUUGACAUUUUGUGCCCGGGAUAAGUGUAUAUUUUAUUGUGGCACAAUAGGUUACUGUGGAUAACUGGAUCCACUGACUUACAUUGGGAGACUUGAUUUACAAAGGGAUAACGGUUUUGCUGUAGAGGUCAUCUUUUUGCCCACUGUGAAAACAAAUGUACCUGUAUACAGAUAUAGAUAUAUUUAAAACAAGACAUCAGCUUUCUUUUUUAAAAUAUCAUCAUUUUGAGAUGAAGAAGGAAUUAAAAAGAAAAAGGACUCUGGGAAUCUUUGAAGCUCUCUUUAGGAGGACACGAGAGGCUGUGGGCACACCAAAACUGGGCAUAGGAGCCGGAGGCAGGCUCAAACAGCUUUAAAAACCACCUCUUUAUUUGAUUACUGACAACUCUGUAAUGGGAAUGGACUCUGGAACCAAUGGACAUGUGUGACACAGAGAGGAAGGUCUUUUGACUUUGAAACUGAACUUAAGUGGCUCCAGCUGCCUGUUUCUCCUUUCUGUCUGUCUCUUUCUUUCUCCAGCUCUGCCUCUGCUCUUUGAUGGACAUUUCCCUAAAUUUCAGGACAGGAUGGACAGAGAUGCUUGCUUCAUUUCUCCUUCUUCAUGUUGCUACCUGUUUCAUUUCCUUGCACUUGUCUCUGGUUGACAAGUAGAAGCUCUCCGGUGGAAUGGCGGCUCACCCCUCUCUCUGUUGGUCAAAAAUCUUAAAAGAGCAAUGAAUAACAGAUAGCGGGGCUGAGUUCUCUGAGCUGUCGUUCUUAAAGGCAGUUACACAUGGAAAAAAAAAAAAA